AUGAUAGGUAUGAACGGAACCACGUUAAAGCCAAACCCGAAAUGCCUAGGCCUACAUUUUCAAGUCUACAAAGGAGGAUAUGAUAGUCGAUUGUGUCAAAUGCAGCUGAAAGAUCAAGCUUACGAUGAAAACAGACGGAUAUGUGACGUAUUCGCCAGCAAAGAUGGAUAUGAACAAAGCGCCCUGGUGUUUACAACGAGUGUAUUGCUAUACCAAGUUUCGAGAACGUAUCUGGAUUGUACAGAUGUGAAGCAAAGGCUAAGUUGUAAAAGUGGAGUUUAUCAAAUAAAACCAUGCUCAUCGUGUGACGCGUUUUUUGCUUAUUGUGACAUGGACACUGAUGGUAAAGCGUGGACAGUAUUUCAACGACGAAAAGAUGGCUCUGUAGAUUUCAACGAAAAUUGGCAAAAUUAUGCGUGUGGUUUUGGUAAUCUGAGUGGUGAGUUUUGGCUCGGGAACAAAAGAAUCUACGAAAUUAUGUCGUCAGCGACGUAUGAGUUUCGGAUAGAUAUGAUAGAUAGAGAUAACGGUCGUGCUUAUUACGCCACUUACGAGUCAAUUAAGAUUGGAAAUGAAGCUGAAAACUACAGACUGAAAUUGGGAGGCUACAUCAACGCUACGUCUACUGCUGUUGAAGCUCUUGAUGACGCACAGAACAUGGAAUUUUAUACAAAUGAUCGGGAUACUGCCAAUUGUGGUGCGUAUUUUAAGAGUGGUUGGUGGUUCAGCGCAUGUUUUCGUUCAAAUUUAAAUGGUGAAUAUGGAUCACAAUACAUAAUCUGGGAUGCCACAAAAAGUAACCGUCUUUUAAAAUUUUCAGAAAUGAAAAUUCGAAGAAUUGGCUGAGGAGAACAUUUUACACACUGUUAUUCUGUCUCGGCUGGUGUAUUGCAUGCUUUUGAAUUACAAUUUGUUAGCUGCCUUUGAAUAGCUUUUCUGCCAUUUAAGUAUAACAUUAGAGAAACAUUGUAUUUUGUAUUGAAUAUUUGCCGAUUUUACGACAAUAGUAAAAGACAACGUAAUAUUUUACGACUGCUUG